AUUUCCUAUAUCAUGUCUCUUCCUCGGAGCCUCACUUCGCGUCCUCUGGACCUGGUCUACACCCUCUUUUUCGCAUUCCACAUCCCCAUUUCUCUGCUUCUCGACUUUAAUGCGAUAUAUCCACCGAAAUUUACCCCCGCUGCCCUUACCAGUUUGCAGAUGUGGUAUCUGGAGUUCACCCAGGACCCUCUCAUGGUUGGGAUCGCGAGCGGAAAGGGAGCGACCGAGUUGAUGUGGUUCCAUUCCUUCAUUUACAUGGAACUAUUAUUCCAACUACCCACAUUCGUGCUUGGUAUACGAGGUCUCACCAAAAACUCACCGAAAAUCUAUCCCCUGCUAUGUUUAUACGGCGCUUCUACUGCUACGACUACUCUUCCGUGUCUUCUCCACGUCACACAGGCUUUUCAUGCCAAUGCCAUUACAACCGCACAGUUCAGCAUUUUGAUUUCGGGAUACGUGCCCUUUCUGGUCAUCCCACUGACUAUGGCAAUUGAUAUGGCUUUCAGGUUGUAUGGAAUUGUCAGCGCAGCGGAAGCACUGCAGGGAAGUGGAACUGCUGGUGAAAAGAAGAUGAAACAGACGUAGAAACUGGUGACGGUCGUGCCAAGGCCAUGCUUCCCGUGUUAAUAAUAAUAAUAAUUCUAUGCAAAGAUCAAAGUGCGUCGGCCGGAAUUUCCAGGAGUUGCAUAUAUUCAAUCGAGUCUGUCGAGGGUCGUGGCGCGCGUUUUCCGCACGUUCGUCCACUGGAGCUGCUCGACCCAAGUCUGUAAGAGGGCGCUUGCGCUUUCGGACUUGAAUAAGUACCUUCCAGGUUGUACUUAGGGUCCACGUGAAAACCAGUUGUUUCCAAGUGUGUGAACAUUAACCUCAC